AUGGUGAGUGUCGUCGAUGGGGCAGAAGACGCUUACUCUUCUGGAACACCUGGGCCCGAUAGUGUGACGUCAACAAACUUGACAUCAUCAACCCAGACCAACUCUUUUUCGUGGAUAAAGAUGUCAUACGCUUAUUUAUUCAAGUAUAUUAUUAUCGGAGAUACAGGAGUUGGAAAAUCCUGUCUCCUCCUUCAGUUCACAGACAAGAGAUUCCAGCCUGUCCAUGAUUUAACUAUAGGUGUGGAAUUUGGAGCUCGUAUGAUUACUAUUGAUGGAAAACAAAUCAAACUACAGAUCUGGGAUACAGCUGGGCAGGAGUCAUUCAGGUCCAUUACAAGAUCUUACUACAGAGGGGCUGCCGGGGCACUAUUGGUGUACGACAUUACCAGGAGAGACACAUUCAAUCAUUUAACAACUUGGUUGGAAGAUGCCAGACAGCAUUCCAACUCCAACAUGGUCAUCAUGUUGAUAGGAAACAAAAGUGAUUUAGAAGCAAGACGUGAUGUCAAAAAGGAGGAGGGUGAAGCAUUCGCUAGAGAGCACGGACUUAUAUUUAUGGAGACCUCUGCUAAAACAGCUGCUAAUGUUGAAGAGGCUUUCAUCAACACUGCAAAAGAGAUCUACCAAAAGAUACAGGAUGGUGUAUUUGAUAUAAAUAAUGAGGCAAAUGGCAUUAAGAUUGGACCUCAACACUCUCCUAGCAAUCCCAGCAUGCCUUCCUCAGGCGGUGGUAGCAGCCAGGGAGGUGGCUGUUGUUAACUGGCACCUACAUCACCGGGAUACUUCAAAUCCAUCAAUGUUGUGAUGGGAACAUCUGCUAUAGACAGCGACGACAUCCAUUUUAACAUACCACAUAAAACCUUGUCCACUCUUUCAGUAUCAAUAACAUCAUACGACAUCAUCAAAACCAGCUUUCUGGUUCUCAUACAUGCAUAUGGUGUCAAUAUGCCUAGUAUUCAUGCUUGAAUGAAAAACAGGCGCCAAAAAAAAAAAAAAAAAACGAGUUCAUCAAACUUCAAGGGUUUUGAAUAAAAAGAUUUUGAAAAUGGGUUUUUUCUACCAUAAUCAGUAAGGUGGUUUUUUCCCAUUGUUUUUUUUUUUCUUUUUUUACUGCCUUUUCUUAUUUUUUUUUUUUUUUAAGUGAAAAGUCAUUUUACAGUCAGGAUUUAGUCUUUUAUUUCCAUUCAAAAUUUGCAGACUUAAUUGCUUUUAAAGGAAUGUUUCUUGGUUUUGUCAAAUCUUAUGUGCAAUAGUUGGUAAGAAAAUAAUGGUGAUAAAUGUGAAACAUGGGUUAUUGUUGCUGUGACAUUACCAAACAUUCAAAAAAGUAACAAACAAUUCUUGUAGGAAAAAGAUUUACUAGAUAGUGGAUGCGCAGGUUUGCCUGUUUAUAUAGAGAUGUUCCCAGUAAAUAUAACUUAGUAAUUUAGGAUCAUUUACAAUUGUGUUUCCUAAAAAUGAUCUUGGAAAAAAAGAAAAGCUUGACAAACAUUGCAGAUAUGUUUAUUUCAUUUCUGAUAUUUAACAUAAAAGUGCUUAUUUAAAAGCAUUUUUACAUAUAUUUUCAAAUUUUCUUAUGUAUUUUUAUUAUGUGUCAUUGCUAUUACUUUCAUAGUUCACCUCUGGAGUUUAAUUUGAAAAUCGUAUCCAUUUCAUGAAGUUUGAUAGCAAGUAAGGGGAGAUAACUCAACAAUUUUAUGUCACACUUUUGUUAUUUAUCACAUCAAAUUGUUCUAGAAUAUUAUUUUAGAGAGUAUUUAUGUUUUGACCCAACAAGCGGCUAAUUUAGUUUACUCGUUUAUCUUAAUAUUUGUUUUGUAUUGUUGUGUGAUGUAAAAUGUAUGUAGUAUGGAAUUUGUUGAAGUGCAUUUAAGUAUGGAUAUUUUGUAGCAUUCAUUCUGUAUGUUAUGUAUGAUCAGAGGUGUGAGACGAAAUUUAGUUGCAAUUUAAGAAGAUCAGAAUUUGCUGUGGUCUCAGUAAAAACAUUCAGUUACACAGAAAUGAGAAUUGUAUCUUUACUUGUAUGUGUGUGUAUUUACAUCCAUUCCUGAACAGAUUUUGCUUAUCAAAACACAAGAUUUUUGUUAAAAAAACGAAGAAACUUUUGAGAAUGAUGAAAUUGAAGUAUCUUAUUGAUCUCUAUGUCUUGACCAAAGUGAAACUACUACAAAAAUUUGCAUUGAUUUAUGAUGGACAUCCUUUAUCAUUACCCUACAAAGCAAGUUGUGAAACAGUCCUAGAUAUAAAUCAGAGUUGUAUAUAGAAAUUGUGAUAGGGGUUGUCAUCAUUACAUAUUUAUACAUUCCAUACAUACAGAUAUCUUUUUUUCUGCCAAUAAUGUUUAUAUUAAAUUGAACUAACCUUAAACUUGAAACAUAAAACUAUUGUGCAAGAAAUAUUUAUGACAUAAAAUUAGAAAUGUCAUUAUCUUUUGUAUAACAUUGUUUAAAUGCACAUUAAUUUGAAUAGCCCAACAUUUCUUAGGAGUUUGAUUUUGGGAAAAAACACAUUGUGAAUGUUAUAUAAUAAAUCAAUAUCACUUUGAGACUUUUGGGACACUGCCCACACUUUCAGAAUCCACUACACCACCAAGAAUGAAAAAUCCUCCAAAAAUCUGUGAUAGUUGGGUUAUAGUUACACUCCCUUCAGAAUGAGCUGUCUCUUAAUCUGCAAAGUUGGUUCCACAUCUUUGUCCUACUUUGUCCAGCUGAAGAACAAGGUAUCAGGCUCCACCUCUUGUUUUUGUCAUCACUGAUGUAAUGACAGAUAGGUCCCAGACCCUUUACUUACAAGACAUUCACCACAGAUUUGGGGCAUCAAGAACUUGUGAUUUUUGAAAAAAUAUUUGAAUGGAAUUACUCUUAUGCUUCAUAUUUAUGGUAAAUGUGGAAAUUUCUCUAAAAGGACCAAUCAUACCAUUUUUAUGAUAUUGAUAUAAAUACAUAAAAAUACAAAAACCAUGAAAGAAAAAUACAAAAACCAAGAAAGAAGUUAUCAAGCAAAAUUCAAUUGCGAUUUUUAAGCUAAGAAGAAUCCAGUUGGUCUUGAUUGCAUGUUUAAUAUUGACUAGAGCUAAAAUUGUUUUCAAAUCAGCAUUGAUGGGCUAAGGUGCCUGAAGCCAACAUUUCAUUGUGAUCUGCAUACUGUGCACCAUGUUACUUUUGUGCUUAUUGUGAAACAAAACAACUUUUUUGGUGGAAAUUUCACUUUUGAUCCUGUCCAUAUGAAAUUGAACACUACAAAUGACUAAACACCAAAGUAUUGUAUUCCACUAUUAGUUAGUGGGAUUUAUAUGAAAGCUCUUUACAGAAUUCUCAUGUGAUCCUCUCUAUGAUUGAUGUUAAUAGAGAUAACUUUUGGACAUGUUAUCCAAGGAUUAAGGAUCAUGACAUUAUGUUCCAUUAUUACAGAUGUAUGUAAGUUGGUUUGGUUAAAUAAAUGUUGGUCAUCUCAA